CUAUGCUGCUGUCACUCGCAGUCUGAGAGAAACAGCGGACUACACUCGACUACACUACUUCACAGGCUUCGGAUAAUCUGUAGAAAUGUCGCGGGCAGCGGACCGACUCAAAGCCGUCCUGAAUCAUCUCGAUCCAUCCUUGGCUUGCGUCCGAGCUUCAAAUACUUCUGGACAAACCAUCACUCACACCUACCAACCCCACAAUUUGAGGUACACAAAUGACAACGACUUGCUGUCCCUGGAUCAGCGUCUUUUCUACGAAAAAAAUGGUUUCGUGGUGAUUAAGAAUUUGGUGUCCAAGGAGGACAUCGACAGGUUCAGGGGUGCAUUUGAGCGUAUCUGCCGUCGAGAGGUGAGUCCGCCUGGGCUGUUGGUUAUGAGGGAUGUAGCGAUCGCCAGUUCAGAGUUCGUCCCGGAUCAGAAGGCUGUGACCAAGAUCCAGGACUACCAGGAAGACCCAGAACUGUUCCGCUACUGCACCUUACCAGAGGUCCUCCAGUAUGUGGAGUGCUUCGUGGGCGAGGACAUCAUGGCCAUGCACACCAUGCUGAUCAACAAGCCCCCGGACGCAGGGAAGAAGACGUCCCGCCACCCGCUGCACCAGGACCUGCACUACUUCCCCUUCCGCCCCGUGGAUAAGAUCGUGUGCGCCUGGACGGCUAUGGAGCACAUCACCCGGCAGAACGGCUGUCUGGUGGUCCUCCCCGGGACCCACACCGGAACCCUGAAGGAGCACGACUACCCGGAGUGGGAGGGUGGGGUGAACAAGAUGUACCACGGCGUGCGGGACUUUGACCCCGAGCUCCCCAGGGUCCACCUGGAGAUGGAGAAGGGGGACACCGUGUUCUUCCACCCGCUGCUGAUCCACGGCUCCGGGAUGAACCAGACCACCGGCUUCCGCAAGGCCAUCUCCUGCCACUACGCUAGCGCUCAUUGUUUCUACAUAGACGUGAAGGACACCACCCAGGAGAACAUCGAGGAGGAGGUUAGGCAGAUCGCAGAACGGAAGUACGGCGUGACCGACGCCAUCCGAUUCCAGGACACGUGGGCCCUACGAGGCCGCUUGGUGAAGGGAGAACGGGUUUCCCUCUAAGGCCCCGGCAGCGUCCUGGAAGCUCUGGGGGUGACGACUUCUCCUCAUUAGAUGAUAACGAGAUGAUGUGAAGUCCACUCACACACACACGCCACUCGUGCGUCAGCAGGGAUUAAUAAUUGUAAAUCCUUCCUUUCGUUUAAAUCGAAAGGGACAGGGUUUAAUAAUGAUGAUGAUGAUGAUGAUGAUAAAGGCACUUAAAUAUAUCUUCGAUUGUGGUCUGUUCACACUGCUGAAAAAGAAUGACUUUGAAUUGAAAAUGCCAGUAUAGUGUUGAAUGUGUAUAAGAUUGGUUGGGGUGUUUCCCAAGGGAUGGUUUUCUUAUUAAUUUCCAUUAAAUUAAAGCUAUUUUAUUUUUCGAAGAUGACAGCUCAACAAAAGACUUUGUAUGUGUACGAGAAAAACAGUCAGGUGAAUGAGAGUUGCUGCUUAAUUCGAUAAAUCUAUUCAGACACUGAAACGCUAUACUCAAACUUUAACAAUUAGGCUACAUUAAUUAACCAUUAAUUACUUUAAUAAAUUAAGUAAUACAUAUAUAUUAUAUUAAAAAUGGUAUAUAUAAGUAUAUAUUAAGUGUUGGUUGAUGCUUAUUACCACAUUAACACAUUUUCAUUAUGGUUAAUUAUUGUAACCUUAUUGUCAGGUGUUACCAAAGCAACUAAAAUGACAACAAUUUAGCCCAACUUUUGAAGGGUUCCCCUUAUUUUGACAUAACACAGACUUGGGGCCAGCACCCCAUCUACACCACCCUCUUGUGGUUGCAGGCGAACACAAUUGUCCAUGUUAUUCCUUAAAUGUACACUUUUUUUUGUGUCCGCAUUGUUAAUUUCAACCUUAAUAUCGGUGAUAGUCAUUUCCGGUACUAGUUUUAACAACUGACAAAGUGGGAUUUUGAACUUCUUAGUGACUAUUUUGAAUUGAUUGUAUCUUUUUCUUAAACACUCAACGUAGCUCUUGUAUAUAAUUAAUGCCUUAUGUGCCUCAAUGCCUUAUUGUAAUUCUACCUGUGAACAAGGAAGUAAAAUAAGAUUAAAGUCCUUAUAUCUUG